GCCAGUUUUGUCGGAAUAAAGCCGUGGGUGUCGGGUCUUGGUAGGUUCGUUAACUGAGGUUAAACGCGAUUUACUGUCAUUCUGUACCACAUAGAGUUUCAGGCUGCUGAAGGCAUAACCACAUCACAAUGUUUCCAAGCUUGUUAAACAGCCACAUUAUGAAGAUGAAGGUGGCGCCAGCGGUGCGCCGUAGCCUGAGCACGGCGUCCGGCUUGAACGAGGUGGUCAUCUGCAGCGCCGCCCGCACCGCCAUGGGCAGCUUCCUGGGCACGCUGGCGCCGCUCUCUUCCACCCAGCUGGGCUCCGUCGCUGUCAAGGCGGCGGUGGAGCGGGCUGGCAUAGACCCGUCUGCUGUGCAGGAGGUCUUCAUGGGCAAUGUGCUGUCGGCCAACACCGGUCAGGCGCCGGCACGACAGGCUGCGCUGUUCGCCGGCCUCUCGCGCUCGACGCCCUGCACCACCGUCAACAAGGUGUGCGCUUCGGGAAUGAAGGCUGUCAUGCUCGCCUGCCAGUCGCUGAUGACCGGCGCCAACGACGUCAUGGUGGCCGGCGGCAUGGAGUCCAUGUCGAACGUGCCGUUCUACCUGCCGCGCGGCACCACGCCCUACGGCGGCGUCAAGCUGGUGGACGGUAUCGCGUUUGACGGCCUGACGGACGUCUACGACAAGAUCCACAUGGGCAACUGCGGCGAGAACACGGCCCGCAAGCUCGGCAUCAGCCGCGCCGAACAGGACGAGUACUCGAUGGAGAGCUACCGUCGGACGGCGGCGGCGUUCUCGUCGGGCGCGGUGGGCGCCGAACUGUGUCCGGUCACGGUGCCCGGCGGCCGCGGCAAGCCGGACACCGUGCUCGCCGAGGACGAGGAGUACCGCAACGUCAAUUUCGACAAGUUCACCAAGCUACGCACUAUCUUCGAUAAAGAGGGCACAAUCACGGCCGGUAGCUCGUCCAAGCUCAACGACGGUGGCGCCGCUCUGGUGCUGAUGACGGCGGCGGCGGCGGCGCAGCACGGCUGCCGGCCGCUGGCUCGCGUGCUGGGCUUCGCCGACGCCGCCUGCGACCCCAUCGACUUCCCGAUCGCGCCAGCUCUGGCCAAGCAGAAGCUGUUUGCCCAGCUGGGUAUGAAUAAGGACGACGUGGACAUGUACGAGAUCAACGAGGCGUUCGCCGUCGUCAUCCUUGCCAACAUCAAGAUGCUGGACCUGGACCCGGCCAAGGUCAACAUCCACGGCGGUGCCAUCAGCGUGGGACACCCUAUCGGGAUGUCCGGCGCCCGCAUCACCACCCACCUGGCGCACUCGCUGAAGGCCGGCCAGCGGGGCGUGGCCUCCAUCUGCAACGGCGGCGGCGGCGGCUCAGCCAUCAUGCUAGAGGGCCUGUAAACAACUCAUUCACCGAACGGAAGGUGCAGUCCGCCGAGCUGGAGCUGAUGAAUCAAACCCGACUCGCCAUCAGGCAUGCAACAGGCCCCUUCCCCUUGUCUUCGCCGGACCGGACAGGUUAGGACUCAGAGCAGCAGACUGUGGAAUUACAGCUGUGAUGUGGCCCAAUGCAACGGAUUGGUCAGCCAGCGCAGCGACGUGCCGGGUCGCUCAGCACAGGGAUGAUAUUCGGUGUUGGUAUGUGGCGUCGAUGGCAUAACGGCUGCCGCUCUUCAACCCUCGUCGGAGUGCGCUCGGCGUGUGCGAUUGUCACUUGUGACGCCUUGAGUGCACCGUGGUGCUGUUGCUAAAAUAAGCUGACGUAUGCGUCAACUGGAAGUAAAGCUAGUGGUAGUGUGAUGGUGUCCAAUGCUAAUGGAGGGUGAUAGGGUUGUUGGAGUUGUGCAAUAAUAUCCGUCAUUAGGCGUCCGUUGGCAUGCGGAUCGGACUGGGCUAAUGGCCUCAGCUAUGUAUGCCGGCGUCGUCGUCGGACCUCCGCGCCAGCUGACCGGAGUCAAGAGCGCAGCCAGCGCCACGCUUGUGUGCAGAGCCGGCGUUCACUGUAGGUAUUUUAGAGUGGCUGUAUGUAUUGCAUCGAACCCAUUUUGGAAUAUACAGCGCAGUGCCCGGUGGACGCGUU